UCUGGCCUCUUGGCCACACAUCUUCUUUGCAGGAACCUUCCCUAUCUCCAACUUCCUCUGCUGGUCAGGAAUCCAUGGUCCAGGACUAGAAGGCUUAAUUAUCUGAGCAGGUGAGAACAUUGGCUUUUUGCUCCUUCUCAGGCUCAGGAAAUCAGGAAUAAUUCUUGUGCGCAUGGGAGUCACCAUGUCCUGGUACUCAGUCCUGAAGAGUCUCCUUGCUGUCUGUGUCUUCACUAACUUAUCCAUUCGCUCUGUGGAGAGUUACAGGUGUAUAAACAAAGGAUGCUUUAAUGGGAGAUGCAGUUCUAAUACAAAGAUGUGUGAGUCCUCUCAUGGCUGCUUCUCCCAACUGCAGGAAUUUCGAAUAUCAACUACAAUCCCAGGCUCUGAACUGCAGAAGAAAGACUGUUCUAAAGAUGUGUGUACUAAUCUAGCGUUCUCAGCAACACUGGGGAGCAACCAGACAUUUAGAUAUAACCAUCGAUGCUGCUACACGGAGCAGUGCAACAAAGAGCCCUUGGAGGCGUCUCUGACAUCUUCCCAACCCAAUGGUGUAGAAUGUCCUGCCUGCUACAGUGAAGGUGGCGUGUGCAACCCAGUGCCCCUGAAGUGCACAGGGGUAGAGACGAAGUGUGUUGAGGUUACUGGCAGAGCAUGGUCUAACAAGAUACAUGCAAUGGGUUGUGCCACUGAAACUGCCUGCAACGUGAAUAUGAUUGUUCUGGAAACCACGUAUAUCAGUACUUCCUGUACCAACGGGAGCCCCCCACUCAGAUCCAUCCUCUCUCUUCUGAGUGGUCUUUUCCUAAUGAAAGCCUUGCUUUGAUCCUUUGGGGACUGUCACUCCCAUGAUCCUUUACAUGUGACCACACCAGCAAACUUUCAUGACUCCUUACCCAACAGGAGAGAAAUAAAAACAAAUAAACAACAACAACAAAAACCAA